AUGAGGUGGCAUAUGGAAGAACGUGUUGAUACUGAAGGUGUACUUAGACACCCAGCAGAUGCAGAGGUUUGGAAGAAUUUUGAUAGACAAUAUCCUGAUUUUGCAAAAGAAUCUAGAAAUGUUAGGUUAGGAUUUGCAACAGAUGGGUUCAAUCCAUUUGGUGAUUUAUCAAACUCGUAUAGCAUGCGGCCAAUGUUGCUAAUUCCAUAUAACAUGCCACCAUGGAGAUGUAUGAAACAAGAAUUCUUAAUGAUGGCAUUACUAAUUCUAGGACGUCGUGCUCCAGCAUAUGGUAUUGUAUCUGGGUAUAGCACUCAAGGAGAGUAUGAUGGUACAACUGAAAGACGUCUGCCUCCAAUAAUUUUAACAGGAGAUGAAAUCUUAGAUAAAUUAAAAGGAGUGUGGAAAUGUAGGCCAUGUAAAAAUGAUAAGAUCAUUAAGGACGAUAAGCAACAAAUGAAUGAUGCAAGUUAUGAAAACAAAACGAACUGGAAGCGAAAAAGUAUAUUUUGGGAGUUAGAAUAUUGGCCUAAAUUAAAACUAAGACAUAACUUGGAUGUGAUGCAUAUUGAGAAAAAUAUAUGUGAUAGUGUGGUUGGUACAAUAUUUAGUAUCGAUGGGAAGUCUAAAGAUACUGAAAAUGCAAGACUUGAUUUACAAGACUUAAAUAUUCGAAAUAUUUCUCGAAAUGUUAACAUGAAGGAUGGGAAAUUAUUUGGGUUGAAAAGUCAUGAUUGCCAUAUCUUAUUACCGAGGUUGUUACCUAUUGGACAAAGGCCAUAUUUGAAAAAGAAAGUGAUGGAUGUAAUUGUUGAGUUGUCGUUAUUCUUCAAAAAGCUAUGUGUGAGGACAUUAUAUGUGAAAGACUUAGUUGAAUUGGAAGAGGGCAUUGUGUUCACGCUAUGUAAAUUAGAAAGUAUUUGUCCUUCUGCUUUCUUCGAUGUGCUGAUACAUCUUGCGGUGCACCUGCCAUUAGAAGCUAAGUUAGGCGGUCCAGUACAAAUGAGAUGGAUGUAUUCGAUCGAAAGGGAAUUAAGUCAAUUGAAAAAAUAUGUAAAGAACAAAGCCCGACCUGAAGGUUCCAUUGCUAAAGGAUACAUUAUUACUGAGGCAUUAUAUUUUUGUUCAAUGUAUCUUCGUGGAAUAGAAACACGCUUUAAUCUUCCGGAUCGUAAUCCUGGACACCUUGGAAUUAGAAAACAAUCUACCCCAUCUAUAUUCAAUUUGCCUACAAGACCAUUUGGAAGACAAUCAUCUAUCACAUUGACUCAAGAUCAAAGAAACCAAGUACAAUGGUACAUUUUAAAUAAUUAUCCUGAGUUAGAACCAUACUUAACGUAA